CGCCUUGAAAUAACAUCAUCGAAACCAGGGUAGCCCCAUCUCCAUCCAUCGGCGACGGGAUGCAGACUUGACGCUGCGGUUGAUCAUGGAUAACAUCUGCGCUAAACUGAAAUUCCCACGCUCGCGACAAGCGUCCGAACCACCAGCGUAUUCAGAUUGAUAUCGACAACCGCCGAGCUCCCCUCCAGGCUGAUCAACAUCGCCAUCAUGGGCUUGUUCAGCUUCGCCCGUGACGGGCGGGUGAUCGCCGCCAGCCUCAGUAUUGGCUCGGUGGUUCUUCUGGUGGGAAUUCGCAAGAUGCUGGAGCAUAUCCGCGAGCAGAACGAGAUCAAGACAACCCCGCCAAAGCCACGAUACAUCACACAGGAAACGGAGGAUUCGUUGAAGCUCAACACCCUGGAGAGCCUGUUGGGGCACUACAACUUUGCGAUCCGGGAGACGGCGGCCAAGAUCAUCUGCGACAGAGCGCUCAAUGAGACGGAAAGUGUGGACUACCUGCUCUGGGGCAUCACGAGACCCGACUAUGAGGAGCGCAUGAGGAGCUUGAGGACGCUAGCGCUCAUCACAGACCAAAACAGCCUCCACAUCCUUCACACGGACAAGGCAUAUUCGGCCUUGGUCAGAUCCCUAGAGCUCUGCGCCGAAGAGUCGCCGCGCAGGAAGCUUGACGACAAGUAUUACGACGACUACUACCUCAGAGACAUGUCGGAGAAGUUUUGCCUCAUGUUCAUCAUCCAGUUGCUCAACAAGUACGACCCAGAAAAGCUUGUCAAGGCCAAGUUCAUCGACAAGUGGCUCGUCAAGCAGCGGUGGGGUGACACGGACGAAGAGCGACAACACAACUUCUUGCAGUACAUGAGCCACAGGCAUAAUAGGAUAUGCGAGAUCUGCCGUAGGAUUAGGGACACACGUGGCGGCUAUGAGGCUUUGCAGCGCGCCAGGCUGAUCGCGACCGAUGGCGACGGCGAACUAGAGGCGAUGGAGGAGGCAGGUGAGAUCAACGGCAUCAGGAUAGUACUGUCUAUCACGGGGGAGGGAGUCGACCUAAGGGAAGUUGAGUCUUUCCAGCCGAGGGUACUUGAGCAGAGCGUGGAGGAGCAGCGGCUCCGACGCCAGCAUCGCGAGGCCAUGGUGCUCAAUGAUGGCACCCGGCCAUUGGGGCGGGGUGAUAUCAUUGAAAGGGGUCACGACUGAUCCCGACUUUGGAGCUACCAGUCAGAACACUGUGUCUGCAAAAGAACGGUCUCUUGGGACAAGUCGUUGCUUGCCCAUGAACCCUUGACCGGGGUCACGGGAUUGUUUUUCUCGAGCCGCGGGAACAGCGCAAGGUCCGGGGAGCUGGCUCAAACCAAGGCCUCCUCGAACGCACAAGCCGCCUUGGUUCAGGGCGGAUAUCACUAGAGGAGAGUGGCGUUCCUUUGGGAUGGCUUCAGCUAUGACACUUUACCAGAUAUGGCGGGAUGUCGCUCCAGUUUGGUGCUCAGGGCUACGUCGAUCCAAAGCUGAGGGCUACAAGGAUUCGGCGCCAUCGCCCUCCGGGGCUGGGUGGCUGGCUGCCAGGGCAAGCAAGGGGGGCGUGGGGGCUAGGAUCAAGACGGUACAAGCGGCACCCACAGACCGUGGACCACGGACCACGGAUGUUGACGUUUUAGCCGCUGAGCGACUCCAGAACAUUUGGGAUAAUGACGUUGCCUGCUUCUCCAUGACAGCUCUUCUCUACCCAUGCAUAAGAUUAUACACAAGGAGAUAAGCGAAGGUGACUCGCUUUGGCCGAGAUAGACCCGCCGGAACGGAAUCAAGAAUAUGACCAGAGGCUUUGGGAAAUACCCGAGUGGGUGGUGCGAGUCCAAUAGGUUUUUGAGCAACCAUGUGUGCCACGAGGAACCCAAAAAUGCGAGGAAGGUUUUGUCUAGGAAUUCGUUUCCGCUUCAGGAGACUUUCCGGUGAACCAGGCGGGCGGAUCAGGGGACACGACAACCUCGCAGGGCUACCCCUUCUCGGAGGCGCCGGAUUAUUUGCGUGUUCGCUGGCAGGUCAGGAAGAACGAACAAGAUAAAAGAAGAGCAUUGCUCCAAAAUCGAUGUCAAACUUUACUCCUCCGCCGCCGGGACCCAUCAGAAGAACUCAUUCA